AAGAAAUGAAAUGCCAAAUGUUAAUUCUGCUCCCUCAAGAGUUCAGGAGAUAGAAAUAAUGCCCCUUAACUAUCCGAGAAGAGAGAGGGGUGGGAACCGGUUAUUGCUGUUAGAGUACCAGCUAUCAGGGUAUCAAUCAAUGGACGUUGCCGGAUCAAUCCAAGCAUUAGCUUACAUCAAUUCGAGUAAUUUGUUAAAGGGAAAACGGAUAAAGUGUUUCUUUGCUCUCCAGGAUAAAAAGGUGGCACCGCAGCCGGCUAUAUUUAUCCACUUGUAUUUCUUUCUUUCUGUUUCCCUCUCUUUCUCUCUCUUUCUCUCUCUCACACUCUCUCACACUCUUACUCUCACUCUCACUCUCACAAUCAUUCUGCAGGAUCUGACAUCAGCCAUGCCAUCCACCAGUCUCAAAACCACUCUCGAUUCCAAUAACGAUGACAGCACCACUAACGCUGCUAACACCAACACUAUCAACACAGCCUAUGGACCUUCCACACUUGAUAUAAAUUGUCCUCCUGGACAAGAAGAGCUUGGAAAAUCCAUUAACAGAUCAAUUACACCCAAUCACGAGCCUCGCGUCUUCUUCUUUGACAUCGACAACUGUUUAUAUUCAAAGCAUUGCGGUAUUGCCGAGCUGAUGCGUGCAAAGAUCGAGCAAUAUUUCAGGGAUGUUGGCUUCGAAAGCGACCAUGUCCAAACUAUCUCAUACCGUUAUUACAUUGAUUAUGGCCUUGCUAUUCGGGGGCUUGUUCUACAUCAUCCUGAGAUCGAUAUCAAAGAUUAUGAUGACAAAGUCGAUGGUGCUUUGCCAUUACAAGAUAUCUUGAAAGAGAACAUCCCUUUAAGAAAUAUGAUAAAGUCCCUCAACAUUGAAAAAAAGUGGCUGUUCACUAAUGCAGGAAAGAAUCAUGCUUUGCGGGUGAUCAAGAUUCUGGGCUUAGAAGGAUGCUUUGACGGGCUAACGUACUGUGAUUACCUAAAGCCGGACUUUAACUGCAAACCAGAGCCAGAGGCUUUCUAUAGAGCAAUGAAAGACGCAGGGGUUGUUCAUCCCUCUAAUUGCUACUUGGUAGAUGAUUCUGCGGCUAAUGUGGAUAAAGCACUUGACAUUGGUUGGACCGCGGUCCAUGUGGCAGAUGAUCCUGAAGUUUCCCAGUUUGGUCACUUCCAAAUUGGCGACAUUUUAGAACUACCCAAGGCUCUCCCAGAAUUCUGGUCUAAAGAAGAUGCUGCUGCUGCUCUUUCUGCCGUAAAUGCAGUCGCAUCGGAAAAGGCGCCGGGAACGGGUAAGGCCAGAUUGUCAGCAUGAGCUUUGGGAUCUGGUCGUCUGAUCUUCUGGCUAUAUAUUUUUCAAUCUUCAUAGACAUUUGUAAAGUAAAUUUUAAAUUCAAAGCACAUAUUCAACCGCUUUUUGAAACGCUACCUCUACAGGAGAGAACAUGUAUCUUAAUAAAUGACCAACCACGUUAGUUGUGUGUGCU